CAAAAUUGCCACUGGAGAACAACUUCUCGCAGCAGGAGGAGCCCGGACGAAAAACGCUCGACUUGGCAACUCUCAGAGAGCAGUCUCCGGAUCACACCCAUUGAAGCUCCAUCGUAUCCACUCAGUCACCCCGUGCUAAACUAGGGAUCUUGGCACUCUUAUUUUGAGUAAAUAGUGUAAACUGUCCCGCGGAGAAGACAACCAGCAUGUCCAACAGGCCGGAGGAGCGCAACCAGGACGCCACAGUCUACGUGGGUAACGUCGACGAUCGAGUAUCAGAGGGGCUUCUCUGGGAGCUUAUGUUGCAAGGCGGCCCGGUAGUCAAUGUGCACCUACCCAAAGACCGUGUGACACAGCAGCAUCAAGGAUAUGGGUUUGUGGAAUACAUGACGGAAGAGGAUGCCGAUUAUUCAAUCAAGAUCAUGAACAUGAUAAAAUUAUAUGGGAAGCCCAUCCGCGUCAAUAAAGCGACUUCGGAUAAGAAGAACCUGGAUGUGGGGGCAUCUUUGUUCAUCGGAAAUCUGGACCCAGACGUCGAGGAAAAGCUUCUUUACGACACCUUCUCGGCAUUUGGUGUAAUAGUCCAAACACCGAAAGUCGCCAGGGAUCCAGAUACUGGGAACUCGAAGGGUUAUGGAUUUGUUGCGUUCGAUAAUUUCGAAUCGUCAGAUGCUGCGAUCGAAGCUAUGAAUGGACAGUAUCUGAUGAACAAACCCAUCACGGUGUCGUAUGCUUUCAAGAAGGAUGGAAAGGGAGAGCGUCACGGAAGCGCAGCGGAGAGGUUAUUGGCAGCACAAUCUCGAAAGAAUCAGCCGGCACAUAUGCCAAAUCGGUUCUUCGCGGAUAUUCCCGCACGCCCGCGUCCUGGAAUGCCACCAGUAGGCGGCAUGCCUCCACCUCCGAUGAUCAAUCCUGGUAUGCCAGUGGCCGCAGGUAUGGGAAGACCGCCCGCUCUACCCAUGGGAGGCUUUCACCCCGGCCCUCCUCCUGGUGGGUUCCAACCGCCUCCACCUCGACCCGGAUUUCAGCCACCAAUGGGACAGUUCCCGUCCAUGCCCCCGCCGCCCGCACCUCCUCAGUUCGCUGGACGCCCUGGUAUGCCUCCGCCACCAUUCCCAGGGCAAGCGUUUCCACCGCAACAUGGAUUCCAGGGGAAUUUUCCACCACCACCACCUCAAUGGGGUGCAGGCCGAUGAACGCACCGCCAACAUUCCAGUUCGAUGCUCUUCUCGUACGAUGCAUGGCGAAACUAUCCCAUAAAUUGGAAUGUGCAGGGGGGCCGAGCGAUGAUAUCAUGUCUGGGAUGCAACCCUAGAACGCGGAGUAAUGAUAGUCUAUCAAAACUGUACAUACCUUUUAAUCUUAUGAAGAAGUUCGAAGACUGCGGCG